AUGGGCAAGGUCAAGUCCUCCAGCGGCAAGUCUGCCAAGGCUGAUCCCAUCACUUCCGUCAAGGACGCUGGUGUCUCCAAGUCCAAGAAGCUCACCAAGGAUGCCGCGACCAAGGCUGUAAAGGGCGCCAAGGAGUCCAAGAAGAGCAAGAAGAAGGUCGAGUCCGAGUCUGAGUCUUCCGAGUCUGAGUCCUCUGAGAGCUCCGACAGCGACAGCGACGAGGAGAUGGGCUCCGAUAAGGACGAGUCCUCUGACUCUAGCGACUCUUCCGACUCAGAGUCCGAGUCCGAGGCCGACAAGAAGAAGAAGAAGGCUGCCCCCGCCCCCGCCAAGGCCAAGACCAACGGCAAGGCCAAGAAGACUGAGGAGUCCUCGGACUCUUCUGACUCCUCUGACGAUGAGGAGGAGAGCGACAGCGACAGCUCCGAGAAUGAGGGUGGCGCUGACGUUGAUGCCAAGAAGAAGGAGGCCAAGGCUGAGUCCGACUCCGACUCCGACUCUUCUGACUCAUCCGACUCUGACUCUGACGAUGAGGAAGAGAAGAAGCCCGAGCCCACCAAGAAGCGCAAGGCUGAGGACGAGGAGGAGGCUCCUGCCAAGAAGACCAAGGCCGAUGCUGGCGAGGACGCCGCCGUCACCCUGUUUGUUGGCAACCUCGGCUGGGGUGUCACUGACGACAUUCUUUACGACACCUUCAAGGAGUACGCCGGUCUGAACAGCGCUCGUGUUGUCACCGACAAGGACAUGCAGCGAUCCCGUGGGUUUGGUUACGUCGACUUCGACACCCCCGAGCAAUGCCAGGCUGCCCUCGAGGGUAUGCAGGGUUUCGAGCUUGAGGGCCGCGGUCUCCGCCUUGACCCCUCCAAGCCCAAGCCUGCCGACAGCUUCAACAACACUGACCGCGCUGCCAACCGCGCCGCUGCCCACGGUGACACCGUCUCCCCUGAGAGUGACACUCUCUUCGUCGGUAACCUGCCCUGGGAGGCCGAUGAGGAUGCCGUCACGCUCUUCUUCGCCGACAUUGCUGAAGUCAAGAGCCUUCGUCUCCCCACCGACCCUGAGUCGGGCAACCGCAAGGGUUUCGGUUACGUGACCUUCAACAGCGUCGAGGAGGCCAAGUCUGCCUUCGAGUCCAAGAACGGUGGCUACAUCGGUGAGGGCCGUGGUGCUCGUGCUGUUCGUCUCGACUUUGCUGCCCAGCGCCAGCCUCAACAGGGCGGUGGCCGCGGCGGUGGUCGUGGAGGCGGUCGCGGUGGCUUUGGCGGCCGCGGCGGCGGUGGUGGUUUCGGUGGCCGUGGAGGCGGCGGUGGCUUCGGUGGUCGUGGCGGUGGCCGCGGCGGUGGUCGUGGUGGUGCUUCCCGUGGUGGAGGCUUCGGUGGACGUGGUGGUGGUGGUUUCCAAGGCAAGAAGAUCAGCUUUGACUAA